AGCAGAGCUGUGUAGUGUUGAGGCGUCAACCCAUCUUUGAUCACAGCAAGGAGUGGGUCUAAUGCUAAUCUGUAAGCGGAAUAGGCUAAACACGAAAGUGUCGCGUUAAUCCAAGUCCACGUCAAAUCGCAACAUCAAUUUGCUCAAACCUCAACCCAACCUGGUCCUCCUACUGCAAGGAAUCUUAUAGGGAACCAACGAUGUCUUUGCUUGUCAUAAACGCCAGAUGUUGUAUGUUUGUCUUUCCUCCGCAGAGACAACAUGGUAUUCGUCAUCUGGAAGUUCGACGCUUGAUUACAUACGGGUUUGUCGGGCUAAAUCAUCUCGCCAUCGUCUCUGCUUCCCUUGGCCUCAGCUAAUAAUCGGCGAGGUGAGCGCUUGUAUGCAGAACACACGUCCUCCAAGACUCACAUGGCGUCCAAUCCACAGUCCGGACUUGGUAGUUGCGCGUCCGCCACAGAUCUUUCAUGUCACAUCAUUGGCCGCUAUAAGUGCAGCCGCAUAUCUUUGCAGCUCCUGUAUCACAUCGGCUGGAUGUCGCAUGCGCAACACAAAGCGAGCGAGGUGGCAGCUCAGCCAAGCUCCGUUCAACUGCCUCUUGGGACUCCAGAACGAUCCCAUAGGAAUAUCGAAACAGUGGAACUGGCACAAAUUCAUAGCCAGAGUAUAUUUGUGGCCCUUCAUCCCCUCCCACAAAAAUGUUUCACUGAAGAACCGCACUUUUGGUGCACCUUCCCAAAUACCACCCCCAUAUGUCGCUUUCCUUCCAAAAUCAAAGCAUGACUAGUGGGGUCUCCGGCAUCCAAUGAGCUAGUCAUGUGGCCUUGCAAGGGAAUUCCCGAAUGCAGGUUGAAGCACA